ACCGGACCCGCUAAAAUGGAGGAUCCCGCGAAGGAGAGCUGCGAAGGAAUGGGGGAUUUCAAGAAGCCGACUCUGCCGCCUCCGUUGCCGCCGCCGCCACCGCCGCCUCAAACUGGGGCAGAAGACCCCAAGAAGGCGGCGGUUCCCAAGCCCCCGCGAGGCCCCGCUCCUCGCCCUUGCCCCCCUCCCGACCUCCCGCAGUACCAGGAGCCCCCGUGGGGAGGAUGCCCUGCCGAGGAAGAGGAGGCCUCGUCCGGCUACAGCCUGGAGAUGGUGAAAGGCGGCUCCGUGCUGGAAAGCGUCCGCUUGGCAGGCCGCAGCUGGCUGCUAGUGGGCCGCGCGCCGGGCUGCGACCUCUCCCUGGCUCACCCGUGUGUGUCCCGCCACCACGCCGUGCUCCAGCGCCGACCGCCUCCCGCCGGGAAUGAGGAGGAGGAGGAGCGAAGCCAGGUCGGGGAGGAAGGGGAAAAGCCGGGCCCCGAGCCCGGGCUCUACGUCUACGACCUGGACAGCGCGCACGGCACCUUCCUCAACAAAGCUCGGAUCCCGCCGCGCACCUACUGCCGGGUUCGGGUGGGCCACGUCCUGCGCUUCGGAGGCAGCAGCCGCCUCUUCGUCUUGCAGGGCCCAGAGGAGGAUCAAGAACCGGAAUCAGAGCUGACUGUAACCCAGUUGAAAGAACUCCGUAAGCAACAGCAGGCCAAGUUAGAGAAGACCAUGCUGGGCGAUGAUUCUGAUGAAGAUCAAAAGGAAAAGGAUGAACAUAGAAAUGAAAAUAGUCGGAGUACUGAUUUCACUUGUUCCUGGGGACUGGGGGAAGAUGCAGAGGAAGAGGAGGGUGAAUUAAACCCCAUCGCCAUUGAGUUUCAGGAGGAUCAAGAAGCCUUUUAUUUGAAAGAUCCCAAGAAGGCACUGCAAGGAUUUUUUGACAGAGAAGGUGAAGAGUUAGAGUAUGAAUUUGAUGCACAAGGAACUGGCACUUGGCUCUGUAGGGUGAAGCUGCCUAUAGAUGAUGCUUCGGGGAAGCAACUUGUGGCAGAGGCUAUUCAUACAGGGAAGAAAAAGGAAGCAAUGAUCCAGUGUUCAUUGGAAGCCUGCAGGAUACUGGAUGCCAGGGGUGUGCUGCGGCAAGAGGCAGUAUCCCGAAAAAGAAAAGCGAAGAAUUGGGAAGAGGAAGACUUUUACGAUAGUGAUGAUGACACGUUCCUUGAUCGGACAGGAGUUAUUGAACAGAAACGUCUGAGCAGAAUGAAGAAAGCAGGAAAGAUUGAUGAGAAGCCAGAAACCUAUGAUUCAUUGAGUGCAAAAUUAGCCGCAACUGAAAGAGAGCUCUCUGAGAUAGCAGAGAAGCUGAAAUCUUCAAAGACACCGCAAUCCCAUUCAGCAGCGCAAGAUUCUUUGGACGAAUUCAUGACGGAAAUAAAAUCAGGAUGUGCUUUAGACAGUGUGGCACGUAGAAAGCUUCAUUUGCGGACUUUUGAACUGAGGAAAGAGCAGCAGCGAUUGAAAGGAUUGAUUAAGAUUGUUACACCGGCUUCAUUGCCAGAGCUGAAAUCCCAGCUUGGGAGUCAAGAUCCGGAAACUCAAAACAAACCCAAAAAGCUGACUUUACCCAUGUUUGGUGCCAUGAAAGGGGGAAGCAAGUUCAGACUGAAAACUGGUACUGUGGGAAAGUUGCCUGUCAAGCGUCCAGAUAUACCUGUAAACCUAUUAAAGAUGAGAGAUGAGGGGCCAGAGGAGGAGGAAGAGGAGGAGGAGGAGGAAGAAGAAGAAGAUAUGAAGGCUGUAAAUCAAGGAAUACAAAACCCAAUGAUGCAGAUACCUGCACAAGAAACAAUUAGACAGCAUAAACGCCCUACCAGUUCUUAUGGUUGCAGCAGCGAGGAAAUGGAAUUUGUUCAUGGAGGAGCUCAGCCACAGUCAGAGCCUUUGAACAAAGAUGCAGUGACGCCAGAGUGCAGCUCCCCAUUGAAUAAAUCACAGAAGAAGCCACAAGGUGAGCCAGCACCUGAGACAUCUGCAGGAAAGUCCAAGAAUAAGAAAACGAACAUUGCAAAUACGUCUCAACACACUCUGUCCUCAGAAUAUCCAGAAGAUGACCCAGACUACUGUGUGUGGAUGCCACCUGCAGGUCAAAGUGGUGAUGGUAGAACUCAUCUGAAUGCAAAAUACGGCUAUUAAACUUCAGGUGUUGGCUUUGAGAAGUGAAGGACUAUAGUACCGCAGUCACUACAGAGUAGAAGACUCCAUUUACAUGGCAAGCAACAAACUUUUGCUCAUUUUGUCUAAAUUCCUUUUAACGAUUCCUGAGCCUCGCCCACACAUGUUUCUUCCCCCACUAAACGUGAAUUUGUGUAUAUUGUGCAUCAAGGUGUGUAUAUAGUAGUGAAAGCUAUGUAUUUACAAAGCAAACUUAUCUAUAACAAGGCUGGCUUUUUACAAUAAAAACUAAGAAUCCAAA